CCCUGCCCGCCCCAGGGGCCGCGCCUGACCCCCGACCAGCGCCCGCCCGACCAUGGGGGACUUCUACGACCCGGAGCACCCCACCCCGGAAGAAGAAGAAAAUGAGGGCAAGCCUGAAACCGUGCAGAAAGCUGGGUUUAUCAAAGGCCCGGUCUUCAAAGGUGUUGCUUCCAGCCGUUUUUUGCCCAAAGGCACCAAAACCAAGGUUAACCUUGAGGAGCAAGGAAGGCAAAAGGUGUCUUUCAGCUUUAGUUUAACCAAGAAAACCUUACCCAAUAGAUUCCUCACCGCUCUGGGGAAUGAGAAACAAAAUGAAACUCAGAUCCCGGCAGUACCCCUUCCGACGGACUUUAACCCCAAAAGCAAAACGGACCCGGGGGGGGAUGCCGCCGGUUCAGCCGAGGAGUCUUCGCCUCCCAAACCGAAGGUAGAACUGGGGAAGAUCCAUUUCAAAAAACAUUUACUUAAUGUCACGGCAAAACCGCCCGCAGCAGCGCCGCUCCUCCCGCCGCCCGCGGCACCGCUGACAGAACCGCCACCGUUGGCCGCCGAAUUCCUCUCAGCGCCGCCGCCUCCCCCUCCCCCUCCCCCGGCAGCCCCCGUGCCGGUUCCUGCAGCGGCUGUGCCACAGCUCCCAGCACCCUUGAUGUCCACUCUGUUGCCAUCCCCACCCGCGGAAGCCGAAGUCCCCGCUUGGAAGGAGCCGUGCCCCGCGGUAUCCAAGGAGGCUUCGGAGCAGGCGUCGUCGUCACGCGGCUGGGAGGAGCGGGCGGCUCCCAACGCCUCCGAGCGGACGGAAAUGACUCCGCAGAAGGAAGAUUCCCAUAUUGGGAAAGAGGAGGAGGUUUCCGACGGCUCGAAGGCUGCUGCCCUCUGCUCCCGCAGGCAGGGGUCCAAGAGGAAGUUCUCCCAGUCCGACGGCGCGCUGCUGGGCUCCGAGUCCGACGAAGAUUCGGUGAGGACCUCCUCCAGCCAGCGGUCACACGAGCUGAAGGUAUCCAGCACGGAAAAGGAGAAGGAUUCCCGACGAAGCUCUGCCUCCUUCCGAGGCGAGGAAGCGGGGAAGUCCUCCUCACGCUCCAGGUCGGACAGGGAUGAGAAGUACUCGAGCUACUCGAAAUCGGAGAGGGAUUCGCGGUACUCCUCCUCCUCCUCCUCCCGCUCGCGCUCAGACAGAGAGAGGAGGCGGAGCCGCUCUCAUUCCCGGUCCCGAUCCGAUCGGAGCUCCCGGACCAGCUCUUCCUACUCCAGGUCGGAACGCUCGCAUUACUACGAAUCGGAGCGCAGGUACCACCGGAGCUCCCCGUACCGGGAGAGGUCGAGGUACUCCCGGUCGUACGCGGACAGCAGGGCGCGGGAGAGCUCGGACUCAGAGGACGAGUACAGGAGGACACAUUCCAGAUCGAGCGACUCGAGGCGUACGUCCUCCCACUCCUCCUCCUCCUACAGAGACUCCAGGAGUUCUUACUCCAAGUCGGAGAGGGACAAAGCGGAGUCGUCUCACGCUGAGGCGGAGAGGAGGGGGAGGUCUUCGUCGAAAGCGGAUAGAGAUUCAAAAAGGACUUCAGAAAGUGAAGUAACCAAAAGGUGCUCUCCCCUUGACGAGCUAGGCUAUCGAAAGGGGACAUCCCAUAAUAAGCCUGACAGUAAUGUGAAUUCCUCCCGUUAUAAGUCCACCCCUUCCAAGACCCCCGCGCCAAAGCCCGAUAAAUUUAAGAGUUCUUUCUGUUGUACAGAAUCGAGCGAAGAAGUAAAGCAGCAGUCUAAUUCUCUAGAUUUAGAGACCUCUUGUCUAAAGAGCAACGAGCUCAGGGUCUCCGUUGCCCCCGUGUUUGAAAGGGAAAAGACACUUUCUCCGUUAGGGCAGCCCAAGGAUUCGCCCCUUUCCGAAAGGCAGACGAGUCCAACGCGGGUUUUGCUGACUCCAAGCCAGGAACUUGCAGGAAACGAAUGCCACGACAGCGUUAGGGAGCAGGAAACCUUCUCAAAGCUCCAACAGGAUCACUUAGGAACGGGUCUCCCCGUGGAGCUGAGUGUAAACGGGUCCCCGGAGGCUCGGGUUGAUGUUCUGGCAACUUCCAGUGCCUCCAAAGUGGAGGACGUCACCGUGUCUUCUGACGAUGGCCCGUGGCAAUCCGAAGCGUCGCCUGUCGUGAAGGAGAGUCCAGUGGAUCCGUUGCCAUCUCAUGGGUUUGAGAGCAUGUCCGAGUCUCAGGAGCAAGAGCUGGAUGAUUCUGGGGUCCAGUCCAGCCAGUGCAACAGUCUGUGUGGGCAAGUGGUCCCCCAGCAGCAAGAGGAAGCCACCCCUUCACCCGUCGUGAAUGUAGAUCAUACUGAAACUGCACUUAACCAGCUGGAGGAUCAGGCAGCUCUGUGUGAGCAAACCAAAGAACCAGAACCAGAUUUUUGCUACGUUUCGGACGAGGCCCUCCCUGCUUUGUACCAUUCAGAAGUUGAAAUCGAAGCAGAACCAGCAGAUGUCAAACUCACAGCCGAGACUUUCUUGGACGUGCAGGUGGAGCCGCAGACGGUUACGUGCGGUUACGAGAGCGCGGAGGAUCACCACGCCAGGGCUGCCUGUGAGGAGGAUGAGCAUGGGCAUGGUCAUCCUUCCCCGAAGGUUGGGGAGAGUGGAGUGGAGAGCUCGAGCAUAGAUCCCUCCCAAGAUGGCUCCUCCCCAAGUCUCAGGUCAGACCAUCCCGUGCCGGAGGGAAGCGUCUCUUCCAAGUGGGACAUGCCACCACCAGAUGGACACCAGGAGCCGCUGCAGCAUUCGGAAGCUGAAGAGAUGGUGGAGUUGGAUACUCAGCACGUCCCUCUUGGUUUAGGCAAGCCAACGUUCAAAGAUGAACAUUCCUACUCUUCAGAAGUGCCUCCAGAGCACUGCGACAGGGAGGUCGUGGAAGAAAGUGCCGUUUCCACCGAGGAAGUCGGGCUGGAUGAUGAGGGAGUUCAGUGUCCCAUCACAUUGGCUGAGAAGGAUGAGGGAGAGGAGCCCUCGGUGGCUUCAGCUUAUCCAGACACUUUGUUUCCCUCCUGCGACGUCGUCGUGACGGCAGAAGAAACGGAGACCAUGACCCAAGCCCCGACGUGUGACAGCAGCGGCAACGCCGAGGUUGUUCCUGUGGGCCACGACGAUUACUCUGACACGGGGGAAAGUGACAGUGAGAGGGGCAGUGAUGACAGCGACACAGAAGACUCGGAUUCUGAUGAUGUCACGCCACGGAAAAGGCUCCAAUCCGUGGUGGUUGUCCCAAAGAACUCGACCAUCGCUCUGGAGGAGAGCAGCCCCGGCUCCUCGCGGAGCAGCCAAGGCAACCGCCGCUUCUCCGACCACUGGGAUGACGAGAGACCCGAGCCCAGCAGACCCUACUAUGAAGAGAGGAUGGAGAGUAAAGGUGGCUCUCAGGUAGAGAGCAGGUGUUCUCCUAGGGGCAUGGAGAAGGGCUUGGCAACUUCCACCGAGCUCAGCAGGAAGGAGAUGGAGGAGCUGCGGCCGGAUCUGUGCCAACCUCAGAGCGACGGUGUUGACAGCACCAGUCAGGCAGACCUGGCUGCAGACUCCCAUGGCAAACCCAACCCAGAUGAGAGGAUCCUGCUGAAGGAGCUGGUGUCUGUCAGCAGACCAAUGGGCCGACCAGAGGAGCAACCCUUCUGUCUACCAGAGAGCUUUGAGAGCGCUGAAAACGCCCGAAACCAGACGAGUUCUUCCAAGCCAGACAGUUGGCAAGGGAAGGGUGGGCUCAACCAGUCUGACCUGGGGGACUUCUCCAGGUUAGAUGGUUUCCAUGCACCGGAGGAGCCGGGUGGUGUGAACUGGGACUUUACCCAAACAGAGAAGCCCAGUAGCACCUACCAGCAGCCAGACAGCAGCUUUGGGGUCUACUCAGGCUACGUUUACCAGCCGGGCUCGGGAGCGUACGCCGGCUCGCAGGGCUACUGGCAAGGCAAUGGCUACUGGGACUCGAGGGUGGCCACCAGGGCUUCCACAGUUAAUUACGAACGAAUCCAAGGGCAAGUCCCCGAUUCUCUGACGGAGGACCACGAGGAGUACGAAGAGGACGACCGUUGGGAUGCUGCAGCAAAACCUCCUUUCCCCAGCCCCUCUGACAACACCAAGUGCCCGAGCAGAAAGAAGAUGGGCUCGGUGCAAGCCCACGAGAUCAGCAGCAAUUCAACCAGAACCAGUGCCCGGGGGGAGAAGAAAGAGGAGGUGAAGGUUAUGGAAAAGAACGACGCCAAAAGAACGGGGCCCGCCCAAAAAGAGACGCCCGGGAGUUUGGAGAGCGACUCCGAGAGCGGUGGACUCCAGGAGAAGAAGAAGGUGAAAGCUGAGGGAGAUCAGGUGGAGUUGGCACCCCAGGACUCCUCCAUGGUGGGGCGGUUGUGCAUCAUGGAUGACUUCAGGGACCCCCAGCGCUGGAAGGAGUUUGCCAAGCAAGGCAAGAUGCCCUGUUACUUUGACCUCAUCGAGGAAAAUGUGUACCUGACAGAAAGGAAGAAGAACAAAUCUCACCGGGAUAUCAAGAGGAUGCUGUGUGAAUGUCCUCCUCUCUCCAAAGAGGAACGAGCUCAGGGGGAGGUUGCUUGUGGAGAAGAUUGUCUGAACCGGCUGCUCAUGAUCGAGUGUUCAUCCAGGUGCCCAAAUGGUGACUACUGCUCCAACAGGCGCUUCCAGAAGAAGCAACAUGCAGAUGUGGAAGUGAUCCUCACUGAGAAGAAGGGCUGGGGGCUCAGAGCUGCCAAAGAUCUCCCAUCCAACACUUUUGUCUUGGAGUACUGUGGGGAAGUGCUGGACCACAAGGAGUUCAAGGCUCGUGUCAAGGAAUACGCCCGGAACAAGAACAUCCAUUAUUAUUUCAUGGCCCUGAAGAAUGAUGAGAUAAUUGAUGCUACCCAGAAGGGAAACUGCUCUCGGUUUAUGAACCACAGUUGUGAACCCAACUGCGAGACACAAAAGUGGACUGUGAACGGGCAGCUCCGAGUUGGAUUUUUCACCACCAAACUGGUCCCCUCAGGCUCUGAGCUGACCUUUGAUUACCAGUUCCAGAGAUACGGCAAAGAGGCUCAGAAAUGUUUCUGUGGCUCAGCCAACUGCCGGGGUUACCUGGGAGGAGAGAACAGAGUCAGCAUCAGGGCUGCUGGGGGCAAGAUGAAGAAGGAGCGCUCAAGGAAGAAGGACUCGGUGGAUGGGGAGCUGGAAGCUCUGCUGGAGAACGGGGAAGGUCUCUCUGAUAAGAACCAAGUUCUCAGCUUGUCUCGACUGAUGGUCCGGAUCGAGACCCUGGAGCAGAAGCUCACCUGCCUGAAACUCAUCCAGAACACCCACUCCCAGUCCUGCCUGAAAUCCUUCCUGGAAUGCCACGGGCUGUCCCUGCUCUGGAUCUGGAUGACGGAGCUGGGAGAUGGGAGAGGAACCACGGCCACCAACCUGAGGCUGCAGCUGGAGAUCAUGAAGACCUUGGAGCUCCUGCCCAUCCCCACCAAGAACAUGUUGGAGGAGAGCAAAGUCCUUCCCAUCAUCCAACGUUGGGCUCAAACCAAGAUGCUGUUCCCAGCUGAGUGAAGGGGAUGGUUACUCCAGCGAGAGAACACCUCGCGGGCCCACACCCCGCUCAACACCCCGGAGCUCUCCGCCAAGCAGAGCGUGGAAGGUGACACGGACACCCCCAAGAAGCUGGUGUUUCGAUCGGCUGAAAAAUCAUCAGUGAGAACAGGCAUGGACAGUGCCAUCUCAGAUACCACCAGCGAGCUGGAAGGGAAGGAAGGCAAAGAGGACCUGGAGCAGCUGGAAGAACGCCCGAUGGAGGUGGCGGAGGAGCAGCAGCAGGAGGCGAAAGCCGCGGCUGAUGACGCCGGUGAAGAGAGCAGCAAAGGGCAGGUGUGGAAGCUGGAGGCUGAGCCUGAAGCAGAGGUGAAAGAGAGCAAUGGGGCCAAGCUGGAAGAGCCCAUCACCAUGGAGACACCAUCUCAGGAUGAGGAGGAAGGAGUCUCCGACGUGGAGAGCGAGAGGAGCCAAGAACAAACAGACAAAAUGGUGGAUGUGAGCGACUUGGCCACCAGGCUGCUCGACAGCUGGAAGGAGCUCAAGGAGGUCUACAGGAUCCCCAAGAAGAGUCAAGCAGAAAAGGAGAGCAGUGCUGAUCGUGGCAGGGAGACUGCUGGCCUCAGGGAUCAGACUCCUACUCCCAAGAACCCCAUCCUGAGCCGGGAGCCUGAGAGACAGAGCCAGAGUAAGGAGAAGAAGAGAAGGAGAGAUUCCUUAUCCCCUCCCUCCUCGGCCUACGAGAGGGGAACGAAGAGGCCAGAGGACAGGUAUGACACACCAGCAUCUUCCAAGAAGAAAGUGCGGCUCAAGGAUCGCAACAAGCUGUCGACGGAGGAGCGCAGGAAGCUCUUCGAGCAGGAGGUCGCCCAACGGGAAGCUCAGAAGCAGCAACAACAACUGCAGAACCUGGGCAUGACCUCUCCCCUCCCCUACGACUCCAUGGGCUAUGGCACCCCCCACCACAGCUUCAUUGGCUACCCGCCUGGCUACCCCAUGCAAGCCUACGUAGACCCCAGCAACCCCAACGCUGGCAAGGUGCUGCUCCCCACACCCACCAUGGACUCCAUGUGCUCCCCGGCCACCUACGAGCACCCACAGACUCUGGUUGGGCACACGGUGGAAUCCACCCUCACUACUCCUCAGCCUGUACCAGUAGUCCAACAUGUAGCAACCACCAUGGAGGUGACAACUCCUCAGUAUGUAGCACAAAGCGACACCGUGGUCCAUCAAGAAGCCAACGUGGCCGUUCUGCCCGUGGCCACCCCGGGGCCUGUGCAGAGCCAGAGCUAUGGGGUCUGGGAUUCCAACCAGCAGACUGUAGCUGUACAACAGCAGUACUCACCAGCCCAGUCCCAACCAGCCAUUUACUACCAAGGACAGACCUGUCAGACUGUCUACGGCGUCACCUCCCCCUACUCCCAGACGACCCCACCACUUGUACAGAGUUAUGCCCAGCCAGGUCUCCAGUACAUCCAAGGCCAACAGAUUUACACAGCACAUCCCCAGGGAGUCAUCGUGCAGCCACCCACGGCCGUCACCACCAUCGUGGCAGCUGGGCAGCCCCAGCCCAUCCAGCAGCCAGAACUUGUGGUGACCAAUAACCUCUUGGACUUGCCUCCACCAUCCCCUCCAAAACCCAAAACAAUUGUCCUCCCACCCAACUGGAAAACAGCCCGAGAUCCAGAGGGGAAGAUCUACUACUACCACGUGGUAACCAGGCAAACCCAGUGGGACCCUCCAACCUGGGACAGCCCAGGGGAUGAUGCCAGCCUGGAACACGAAGCUGAAAUGGACCUGGGGACCCCAACGUAUGAUGAAAACCCCAUGAAGUCUUCCAAGAAAGCCAAGACAGCAGAAGCGGACACGUCCAGCGAGCUGGCCAAGAAGAGCAAGGAGGUGUUCAGGAAGGAGAUGUCCCAGUUCAUCGUGCAGUGCCUCAACCCCUACCGCAAACCCGACUGCAAGGCCGGCCGCAUCACCACCACCGAGGACUUCAAACACCUGGCACGGAAGCUGACCCACGGGGUGAUGAACAAGGAGCUGAAAUACUGCAAGAACCCCGAGGACCUGGAGUGCAACGAGAACGUGAAGCACAAGACCAAGGAGUACAUCAAGAAAUACAUGCAGAAAUUUGGGGCCAUCUACAAACCCAAAGAGGACACCGAGCUGGAGUGACCCCCAAAAAACCCCAAAACCACCCCAAAAUCCCCACAAAACCCCCCACACCCAACCCGGGGGGACCAGGAGGUUGGUAGGUUCAACCCAAUCCCCCCCCUCAAAGACUCUCUUGGUUGUUUU